AUUGAAUGUAUGUAACCUGCUGUUGUCGGUGCAGUCUCUGUAAUGUAGUGUAGUGACUUGAGACUACUGGGCUGGAGACCAUGACCACUAUGAGCACAUGCCAUAGGACCACCAGACUCGGGAUGACUGGACUUAUGACUACUUGCACAGGCUCUGGGAUGGACCUGACCCUUGAUGUUGGCUUUAGGAUGGAUGUGUCCUUGUUUGUUGCAAGCAUAAGGGUGAGCUUGUGGUCUGUGGGAGGCAUGGCAGUCAUGACGCAGGGUUGUGUCAUGGGUUCUGGAGCUGAAGCUGAUUCUGAAGUCCCGGGUGGAAUGGAGCAGAGACUAAGACCUCGGAAAGACAGAAGUAAACUGUGGAGGCCUUGUAGAAACUGGAUCGAUGUGACCAAGGUCCUACUCCACUUCUCCCACUAUAAAUAAAGAUCAAUUCAGUUUAACAGCUAGUUGUAGAAAGUGACAGUGUCCCUCGAUGACCAUUGGCAAGCAGCAUUGAGGGAACUGAAGUGUUUGUUAAUGCAAGCACUGAAUAAACCAAUUGGAAUAUUAUCCUCAUCAUUUAUUUCAUUUGACAGAUGUAAAAAUUCACAAAUGUGUACCUUAAGGAAAAGAUCAUCCUGGUUGUGGCUGAUGGGGUUAAAUCCCAAAGUGAUAAAAUCCAUAUCUUCUGAGUUCAACAUAAGGGAGUAGUCUUCUAUCAUGUUACAAAUAGGCAGAGGCAACUAAACUCCGUUGCAUGGUUUAUUGGAAGGUAGGUGGUGCAGGAUAUGUGCAGGUAAGUAAAUGAAACACUAGAUCAAAUGCACUUAACUGGUGACAACAGUCCUUUCUAUGCAGGUGGAGAUUAGUGGCAAUAGAGCAUUUGGAACAAACACAGAGGAACACUGGAGUAAUACAGAGGAGUUACACCUAAGAGAUGAAACCGGUAAGUAAUUCCACAGGUAAGAAAAAAAAGGAAUCUGGACAGUCUUGUGGGUAACAUCGAUAAGACUAGAAAAUUACAGUGUGUGGAAGCUGGAUUAAGUGCAUUAUCAACAGAUGAUUACCCGGCAGGAAACUACAUUACCCACAAUCAUCACCAAGGAAAAGGAAAGACUGUGGAAAUACAUAAAGCACAGAUUUAACAGUGACUUCUCUGAAUGGUGGAUCUCAUUUGGAGGUCCAGAUUAAGAAUCAUUUGAAAAAACAAACAAACAAAUAAAAAAAAAACCUUGGAGUUCAGUGACCCAGUGCAGGAGCUAAGAUAAACACUGUUAUAUAUUUUCUAAAAUAUUACUGUAUAUAUAUCACCCCCUUUUACCCCCUAGUAUGUUUGUCUUUGCUAGAUUAAGUUGAGGUCAUGUUCUUUCAUCCAUGCAUAUCCGACUGGCAGUCCUAGAUCCAUGCAGCUACCAUUGGAUUGUUUGGUUGAAAUGAAAAGUAAAGUGGCAUGUUAUCAGUGUAGCAGUAGUAGAAACCAGGUGCUGUUGCUCUACCUGAACCUGUUUUAUUUAAUAAAUACUUUUGUUUUUGGAACUUUGUUGCACCUUCCUUCAUCUUUUUGGGACUCCACACAUGACAGUUUGUUAACAUUCAAUUUUAUUUACCAGCAUUUUGCAUUAUUUCUGAAUGUAACAAAUUGCAAUUUUUUUUUAAUUAAUUCUUUUUUUUUUUUUAAAUUAAUUAAUUUUAUUUUUUGCAAUAUUGACUGAUAUGUGUAACCAGUUUCUUAAAAUUACCUGUUUAACUGAUAGUGUUAAUUGGUCAAAAUUCUUACUGUCAGUUAAUGGUUAACUGAUUAUUAAUUGACUAUUAACCAAGCAUUAAUUAUGGUCAUCCCUAUAUGCCAUAUAUUCUUCAUUUGAAAAUGUGUUGCCAAAGGUAAAAUAUUCUGUUUACAGUGUGUCAUAUUAAUAAAGUAUUUUCAUAUAAUAAAGGAUCAGAAGGAUCUGAUGUGCCCCUUUGUAAAGUGGAUGCAACCACAGACUUCCCUGGUGAUUUAUGUAAGAGACCACCAAUGUGUCGUCUGUGCGGACAAGCACAUGAUGACCCCUCAGGUCUGGGAGAAAGUGCUUCAAAGCUAGAAAAACACCUAUCAUCUCCAGUCAGUUUAUGUGCCAUGAAAGAUGAUGGCCCCUCCACAGACACUGAGCUGAGCACUCACUCAUGGUCACUCCCCAGCCUGUGAAGUAUGUGACUGUCAUAAGCAUUACAUGAUGACAAGGAGCUUUCAGCAAGAGACCCUGGAAUAGGAACCGAAGUUUCUUCCACAUAAACAAGAAAUGGAAGAAUAUGUGGCAACAUUCAAAGGUUCAGAAUACUUCUGCUAUGACCUUUCUCUGAACCCGAUCCAAAGCAGCAGCGAUGAAAUCACGCUGUCAUUCAAAACACUCCAGAGAAAUGGACUGAUGCUUCACACGGGAAAAUCUGCUGACUAUGUCAACCUGGCGCUGAAAAACGGAGCGGUGUCUCUCGUCAUAAAUUUGGGUUCUGGGGCGUUUGAAGCUCUGGUUGAACCAGUCAAUGGGAAAUUUAAUGACAAUGAAUGGCAUGAUGUAAAAGUAACAAGGAAUUUGCGUCAGCACUCAGGCAUUGGACAUGCUAUGGUAACAAUAUCUGUGGAUGGAAUACUGACCACCACAGGAUAUACUCAAGAGGACUACACCAUGCUUGGAUCUGAUGACUUUUUCUAUGUUGGAGGAAGUCCUAGUACAGCCGACCUGCCGGGAUCACCUGUUAGCAACAACUUUAUGGGCUGUCUAAGGGAGGUUGCAUAUAAAAACAAUGACGUUCGGCUGGAGCUGUCCAGACUGGCCUUUAAAGGCGACCCAAAAAUGAAGAUCCACGGAGUUGUUGCCUUUAAGUGUGAGAAUGUCGCCACAUUAGAUCCCAUCACUUUUGAGACACCAGAUUCCUUCAUCACACUUCCUAAAUGGAACACUAAGAAAACCGGUUCUAUUUCCUUUGACUUCCGCACCACUGAGCCCAAUGGACUUCUCCUCUUUAGCCAUGGGAAACCAAAGCAACAGACAAAAGAGGCCAAGAGCCCUUUCACACAGAAGGUAGACUUCUUUGCCAUUGAGAUGCUGGAUGGUCUUUUGUAUCUGCUUCUGGAUAUGGGAUCAGGCACAACCAAGACACUGGCUGUGAACAAAAAAGUGAACGAUGGAGAGUGGUAUCAUGUGGACUUCCAGAGGGAUGGCAGAUCAGGUACCAUCUCUAUCAACACAAUUCGCACACCGUACCAAGCCCCAGGAAACAGCGAGAUUCUUGACCUGGAUGAAAGCCUGUAUCUCGGAGGACUUCCAGAAAAUAAGGCUGAUAUGGUGUUUCCUACUGAGGUGUGGACUGCUCUGCUCAACUUUGGUUAUGUAGGCUGCAUCCGUGACUUCUUCAUCAGUGGUCAGAGCAAAGACAUCCGCCGCAUAGCUGAGGUUCAGAAAGCAGCAGGCGUAAAGUCCUCCUGCAGUAAAGAGGCUCCUAAGCAGUGUCUCAGUAACCCCUGCCAAAACAAUGGAAUCUGCAGGGAAGGGUGGAACCGUUAUGUGUGUGACUGCUCUGGGACGGGCAAUCUUGGUCGCUCCUGUGAGAGAGAUGCCACCAUUCUCAGUUACGAUGGCAGUAAGUUCAUGAAGGUCCAGUUAUCUGUAGCUAUGCAUACAGAGGCUGAAGAUGUUUCACUACGGUUUCGCUCCCAGCGGGCAUAUGGUGUUCUCAUGGCAACCACUUCUCGAGACUCUGCAGACACCCUCCGUUUGGAGCUGGAUACAAGUCACGUCCGGCUCACGGUUAAUCUAGACUGUGACAGGAUAAACUGUACCACGAGCAAAGGACCUGAGACCAUAUUUGCUGGUCAGAAUCUGAAUGAUAAUGAGUGGCACACAGUGCGAGUGAGCAGGAGAGGAAAGAGUCUGAAGCUGUCUGUGGAUGACUUGGCCACUGUGGAAGGAGAGAUACCAGGUGACCACACACAGCUGGAGUUUCAUAACAUUGAGACGGGGAUCAUUACAGAGAAACGCUACCUGCCCAUCAUGCCCUCAAACUUCAUUGGGCAUCUCCAGAGCCUGACGUUUAACGGCAAGCCGUACAUUGACCUCUGCAUAAACGGAGACAUCGACUACUGCGAAGUCAACGCCAUGAUUGGAUUCAAGAACAUCAUUGCAGAUCCAGUGACCUUCAGGUCGUGCUCAAGCUAUCUGUCUCUGAGCACACUGCAGGCGUACUACUCCAUGCACCUGUUCUUCCAGUUCAAGACCACCUCUUCAGACGGACUCAUCCUGUUCAACAGUGGAGAUGGAAAUGACUUCAUCGCUGUAGAGCUGGUUAAGGGCUAUCUGCAUUACAUCUCAGAUUUGGGAAACGGUGCUUAUCUCAUCAAAGGAAACUCAAACAAGCCUCUUAAUGACAACCAAUGGCACAAUGUCAUCAUCUCCAGAGACACAAAUAACCUGCACACUGUCAAAAUUGACACCAAAAUCACCACCCAGACCACUGUGGGGGCCAAAAAUCUUGACUUAAAAGGUGAUCUUUAUAUUGGUGGUGUUCCUGAGGAGAUAUACAAAGAGUUGCCCAAGUUAGUUCAUGCAAAAGAAGGAUUUCAAGGCUGUCUGGCAUCUGUGGAUCUAAACGGCCGUUUGCCAGACCUGAUGACCGAAGCACUGGUCUGUGUUGGACAGAUUGAGAGAGGAUGUGAAGGGCCCAGCACUACCUGUCAGGAGGAUUCGUGUGCUAAUCAGGGGGUUUGUAUUCAGCAGUGGGAGGGCUUCACCUGCGACUGCAGCAUGACCACAUACGGAGGACCUCUGUGUAAUGAUGCAGGCACCACAUAUAUAUUUGGGAGAGACGGUGGUCUGAUAACAUACACAUGGCCACCGAACGACCGGCCAAGCACACGAGCUGAUCGGCUGGCGAUGGGAUUCAGUACUCAUCUGAAGGAAGCUCUACUGGUGCGAGUGAACAGCUCCUCUGGGUUAGGUGACUAUCUCAAACUGCACAUUGUAAAUGGCUACAUUGUGGCUAUAUUUAAUGUGGGCACAGAUGACAUCAACAUCGAGGAGAAAGCAAAGUUUGUAAAUGAUGGAAAGUACCAUAUAGUGAAGUUCACAAGGAGUGGCGGCAAUGCCACACUGCAGGUGGACGAUCUACCUGUUAUUGAGCGCUACCCCACAGGAAACAUUGAUAGUGAACGGCUGGCGAUCGCUAGACAGCGAAUUCCAUAUCGACUCAGUCGAGUAGUUGACGAUUGGCUACUCGACAAAGGUCGUCAGCUCACAAUCUUCAACAGCCAGAUGACCAUCCAGAUCGGGGGCUGGGAAAGAGACCACAGCCGUGCUUUCCAGGGCCAAAUGUCUGGUUUCUAUUACAAUGGCUUGAAGGUUUUUAACAUGGCCGUGGAAGGAGACCCCAACAUCCGCAUUGAAGGCAGCGUGAGGUUGGUUGGGGAGGUGCAGUUGUCCUCCAUAUCACCACAGUCCAGCGCUACGGUUUCUCGCUCUGAAACCUCUACCUCAGUCAUGGAGAUCACUACCACAACCACCUCCAACCACAAGAUCAAACCAAGCACAGCAAGCGAACCCCAGCAGACUACUGAUGACUUCUUGGUGGCAUCUGCCGAGUGCCCCAGCGACGAUGAGGACAUAGACCCGUGCGAGCCAAGCUCAGGUGGGUUAGCUAACCCUACAGGCCCCGGGGUGAAGAGCUAUCCUGGUCAGUCAGAGGUUUUCCGUGAGUCCAGCAGUACCACAGGCAUGGUGGUCGGCAUCGUCGUUGCUGCCGCACUUUGCAUCCUCAUUCUUCUCUACGCCAUGUACAAAUACCGCAACCGUGACGAAGGAUCGUACCAUGUGGAUGAGAGCCGCAACUACAUUUGCAAUUCAGCCCAGUCAAAUGGAACAGUUGUAAAGGAGAAAUCGAUGGAUGGCACCAGUAGUGUCAGCAAGAGCAAGAAAAACAAGGAGUAUUAUGUGUGAUACUAUUAUUCCUGGUCCUUACAGGACCAUCAUUCUCAUCCACAGUUCUCAUAAAUGUCAAAUAUAAGACCUACUCAUGUAAAAUAACAAAGACUGAGAGAUUAUGGAAAAGCAUUUAGUCAUCAUAUAUUAAACAGCGGUACAGUGGAACUCUUCAAUAUUUAAUUCAUGCACAUUGGAAUGGAUGACAGAACUGAUGGACAGACACUUGCGGAUGUUCAGGAAAUGUCCAGCAGGCUGGCCGGAGUAAGACAAGCUGAUUAAAUACCCAACAAUUACGCAUAAGUGAUGGAAAGAUUACCUAAUCCACCCAGACUGGCACUUUCUUAUGUAACAAAUGCAAGAAGAAGGGAAUGAAGAGUGAGUAAUGGACUAUUACAAAACGUCUUUCUGUUUGUUUUGUUCUCCUGAAGCAUCACUGAAUAAUGAGAGAAUAAGAAAGGACAGAACAAGUCUCUCAGACUUGAUAAGUAUUAUAGAGCUAAUAUAAAUUUGACUGCUGAUGGUAAAAGGGAAAAGAAGAUUAUGGCAUUAUAUUUGGCAAACAAAUGGCUGCAAAACAGUUGUGGAUAUCUCAGUGAUAAUGGAUUCAAUGUCUUAUUUAAUGUUUCUAUACAGUAAAACUGCAACUGCGUGCUUUUUGGACUGUCAAAAAUUUGUGUUUUAUAACCUGUUGCAUUGAGGAUGCAAACUUUAUCUACUCCUUGUCAGAAAAAAAAAACACAAAAGAAUCUUACGUGUCUAUUAUAGAAUUUAUAGAUAUCAACAAUGCCAUUUUUUUUUUUAUUUGCAAUGAGUUUUUUCAUCAUGUUACUUGCUAAUUGUUUUUUGCAAAUGAAUGUUCAAACAGUUUGUAAUAUGUGUGCACAUACACAUUUACAGACCAUGUUUUAGAAGGUACUCUGAAAGACACACAACACAAUGAAGCCAGAGCCUUCCAAAGACACAUCACUACCAAUAAACUCCCGUGAGAUGUAUCUCGGCCUGCAGUGAGAGAUGAGAUGAAUCCAUGUUUAUUUGUGCUUACACACCCUCAAAAUGUAAUCAUAUAUCAGAUUAAUUUACUCAUUUCUGUCUUGAGAGUGUGUCUGUGUGUCUCCCUCAUUUCCUACUUUUAAAGCAAGAUGCAGGAGAACUGUUUUUGAGCUAAACACAAGAACCAAUAAAAUUCAUUUGACUUA